AUGGGUAGCUGUGUCAGCACACAAGAAUUUUCCCGGGAAAAGUCCAAGAAGGAACACGCCUUCAUCAAACUAGGACUCAGCUGCGAUCUUUGCCGCGACAAGUGCCCCUGGGCCAAAGCUUUUGGAGAGCGGUGGAUGUCCGUCGACGAGGAAUACAUGCGCGCGCACCCGCAAGUUUUUCCUGCUCCCCAGCGAAAUCAAGGAAUAGUGAUUGGCGGGUUGGAGUUACGUGGUUCAUUCUGUCAGUGGAAUAAUGAGGGAAGGAAUAUUCUGAAGGAGUACUCGGAAAAGGCGGGUCUAGUACAAAUAUGGGAUAGACCGUCGGAUAAAACUGGCGUAGGAGAGUUACGAGGGCUCAUGAAAGAGCUUACAGAGGCUAAUGUCGAAGUCUGCCUUGGUAAGGUCUCGGCUUCAGGGGGAUAG